AUGGAUUCCCCUCCAGGAUGCAAGAUGUGGCCCAAUACUAGCAACAUGGUGUGUAAACUGAGAAAGUCUCUUUAUGGAUUGAAGCAGUCACCCAGAGCAUGGUUUGGAAAGUUCAGCAAAUCAAUAAAGGAUUUUGGAUACAAGCAAAUUACUGGGAAUGACCCAGUGGAAAAGGCAGCAUUGCAGCACCACUUGGCAAGUGAGUUUGAAAUGAAAGAUCUUGGUGCUCUAAAAAUGUUAGCCAACAAACCAGCAGAUACGCCAAUGGAGUUGAAUCAUCAGCUUGGUGAAUAUCCUGAUCAGGUACCCACCAACAAAGAAAUAUAUCAAUGCCUUGUGGGUAAGUUAAUCUAUCUAGGACACACUAGACCUGAUAUAGCAUAUGCAGUAAGUGUGGUGAAUCAGUUCAUGCAUACAUCAAGUGAAGCCCACAUGGAUGCGGAAUUGGGGUUCAAACCCAAAUAUGCCAUGCAACUGAAUUGUGACAACAAAGCCGCAAUAGACAUUGCAUAUAAUCCAGUGCAACAUAAUAGAACCAAGCAUGUUGAAGUUGACAGACAUUUCAUCAAGGAGAAGCUCGAGGCGAAGAUCAUUAAGGUAUCAUUUGUUAAAUCCGAAGAUCAACUUGCAGAUGUCCUCACCAAAGCAAUCACAGGCAGGGUAUUUCACAGCUCACUUAGCAAGUUGGGGAUUGACGACAUAUAUAUUCCAACUUAA